AUGGGUGACAUCCAGCAGCGGAAGGUUUUAUUCCCUCCAGCCCGUUUCGGCUGGCUGCAGUGGCGAAGGUCCUGUCAGGCGCCUGGUGUUGAUGGCGGCCGGCCUGCAGGCCGCAGUGGGCGGCCCCCAGCCUGUGGAGGGAAAAUGGCGGUUCUCUGCCGUUACUGUUGCUUCAUGAAUUACAUGUUAAUCCUCCAUGUUUUUCUAGAGAGGAAGGAGCAGAACCUCUGUCCAUCUCCAUCUCUUUUCUUUAGGACAGUUGGUCCUAAAGAAAGCCCCCUUUUGCGGGAGUUCCCAUACACCAACAAGGAAACAGAAGAAGUAAUAGAAAGCACUUGUAACUGGUUUUUGGUGUGUUGUGAGUGCUUAAGAUGCUGUGGGAGGAGAGACCCAAGGCCUCGUACUGUUUGGCUUGGCCAUCCAGAGAAGAGAGACCAGAGAUACCCUCGCAAUGUGAUCAACAAUCAGAAAUACAACUUUUUUACAUUUCUCCCUGGGGUGUUGUUUAACCAGUUCAAAUAUUUCUUCAACCUUUAUUUCUUGCUUUUGGCCUGCUCUCAAUUUGUCGUUGAAAUGAGGCUUGGUGCACUUUACACAUACUGGGUUCCUCUGGGAUUUGUUCUUGCUGUUACCGUCAUCCGAGAGGCCGCGGAGGAGAUCAGAUGUUACAUGCGGGAGGAAGAGAUGUUAUCUAGGCUUUUGUUGAAAUAUAACAGACAGACACAUAGAGGGACUGUGAAGGUGAAGAGCUCUAAUAUACAAGUAGGCGACCUCAUCAUUGUUGAAAAGAACCAGCGGGUCCCUGCUGACAUGAUCUUCCUGAGGACGUCGGAGAAGAAUGGGUCUUGCUUCCUUCGCACCGACCAGCUGGAUGGGGAGACAGACUGGAAAUUGCGGCUGCCUGUUACCUGUACUCAGAGGCUGCCAACUGCUUCUGACCUCCUGCAAAUCCGAUCCUAUGUAUAUGCAGAAGAACCCAAUAUUGAUAUACAUAACUUCGUGGGGACCUUCACAAGGGAGGACAGUGACCCUCCAGUGAAUGAAAGUUUAAGCAUAGAAAACACCCUAUGGGCCAGCACGGUGAUUGCAUCAGGUACUGUUGUGGGAGUUGUCCUCUACACGGGAAGGGAACUGCGCAGUGUGAUGAAUACUUCAAACCCAAGAAGUAAGAUUGGUCUCUUUGAUUUGGAAGUGAACUGUCUUACCAAGAUCCUAUUUGGGGCUCUUGUGGUGGUCUCGCUUGUCAUGGUAGCCCUUCAGCACUUUGCUGGCCGCUGGUAUCUUCAGAUCAUAAGAUUUCUCCUUCUGUUCUCAAAUAUCAUUCCCAUUAGUUUACGUGUGAAUCUGGACAUGGGGAAAAUUGUCUACAGCUGGGUGAUCCGCAGAGAUUCCAAAAUCCCCGGGACUGUGGUUCGGUCCAGCACUAUUCCUGAGCAGCUGGGGAGAAUAUCCUAUUUGCUUACAGACAAAACAGGAACUCUUACGCAGAACGAGAUGGUCUUCAAGCGACUUCACUUGGGAACGGUAGCUUACGGCCUGGACUCCAUGGAUGAAGUGCAGAGCCACAUAUUCAGUAUAUACACGCAGCAAUCUCAGGACCCACCUGCUGUGAAGGGCCUUACCUUGGCCACGAAGGUGCGUAAAACCAUGAGCAGCCGAGUGCACGAGGCGGUGAAGGCAAUCGCGCUGUGCCACAACGUGACGCCGGUGUAUGAGUCCAACGGGGUGACGGACCAGGCUGAAGCCGAGAGACACUACGAGGACUCCUGCAGGGUGUACCAGGCCUCCAGUCCUGAUGAGGUGGCCCUGGUACAGUGGACCGAGAGCGUGGGUUUAACACUGGUGGGCCGAGACCAGUCCUCCGUGCAGCUGAGGACACCGGGUGGCCACAUCCUGAACUUCACCAUCCUCCAGAUCUUCCCCUUCACCUACGAGAGCAAGCGCAUGGGCAUAAUUGUUCGGGAUGAAUCAACAGGAGAGAUCACCUUCUAUAUGAAGGGGGCUGAUGUGGUGAUGGCUGGCAUUGUGCAGUACAACGACUGGCUGGAAGAGGAGUGUGGUAACAUGGCUCGGGAAGGCCUGAGGGUUCUUGUUGUAGCCAAGAAGUCUCUGACGGAAGAGCAGUAUCAAGACUUUGAAGCACGCUACGUCCAGGCGAAGCUAAGCGUGCACGACCGCUCCCUGAAGGUGGCCACGGUCAUCGAGAGCCUGGAGAUGGAGAUGGAGCUGCUGUGUCUCACUGGUGUGGAGGAUCAGCUGCAGACGGACGUCAGACCCACUCUGGAGACGCUGAGGAAUGCUGGCAUUAAGGUGUGGAUGCUGACAGGGGAUAAGUUAGAAACAGCCACGUGUACAGCCAAGAAUGCACAUUUGGUGACACGGACACAGGACAUCCAUAUAUUCAGACUAGUGACAAACCGUGGAGAAGCCCACCUUGAGCUGAACGCCUUCCGUCGGAAACACGACUGCGCUCUCGUUAUUUCUGGCGACUCGCUGGAGGUGUGUCUGAAAUACUAUGAGUAUGAGUUCAUGGAGCUGGCUUGCCAGUGCCCUGCUGUUGUCUGCUGCAGAUGCGCUCCGACACAGAAGGCCCAGAUUGUGCGAUUGCUCCAGGAAAGGACCGGCAAACUCACCUGUGCAGUGGGUGAUGGAGGGAAUGAUGUUAGCAUGAUUCAGGAGGCUGACUGUGGUGUUGGAGUUGAAGGAAAGGAAGGAAAACAGGCAUCGCUUGCAGCCGACUUCUCUAUCACUCAGUUUAAACAUCUGGGUCGUUUACUAAUGGUACACGGAAGGAACAGUUACAAACGGUCUGCAGCUCUCAGUCAGUUUGUAAUCCACAGGAGCCUGUGCAUCAGCACAAUGCAGGCUGUUUUCUCAUCAGUAUUUUACUUUGCGUCAGUUCCUCUCUACCAAGGCUUUCUCAUCAUUGGGUACUCCACAAUUUACACGAUGUUCCCAGUGUUUUCUCUAGUCCUGGACAAGGAUGUUAAAUCUGAAGUUGCAAUGUUGUACCCAGAGCUUUACAAAGAUCUUCUUAAGGGACGACCAUUAUCAUACAAAACGUUUUUAAUAUGGGUCUUAAUAAGCAUCUAUCAAGGUAGCAUCAUCAUGUAUGGAGCACUUCUCCUCUUUGAAUCCGAAUUUGUCCACAUUGUUGCUAUUUCCUUCACGUCCUUGAUUCUCACCGAGUUACUGAUGGUGGCGUUGACGAUCCAGACGUGGCACUGGCUCAUGAUAGUGGCUGAGCUGCUUAGUCUCUCCUGCUACAUAGCUUCUCUGGUCUUCUUACAUGAGUUUAUUGAUGUUUACUUCAUUGCAACUUUGUCGUUCUUGUGGAAAGUCACUGUCAUCACUCUGGUGAGCUGCCUUCCCCUCUACGUCCUGAAGUACCUGAGACGAAGGUUUUCUCCACCAAGCUAUUCAAAGCUCACGUCCUAG